AUGACUUUGAUUGCAGCGGCAAGUGGCAUAUCACUUACCCUCCAGCAUGGUGUCAACGGCAGUCUGAUAAACGAAAAAGCAAAACCCGAUGGAAGUAAAUAUCUGCGACCAGAACAAUUAGGUUGCUGGCGUGCACAUGCAAAUGUUUGGAGGAGAAUCAUAUCCGAAAAUAUCGAGACCGCGUUGAUUCUCGAGGACGAUGUGGAUUGGGAUAUCAAUAUUCGCGACGUGUUUGCAGAUCUCGGCCAUCAUAUGAGUAGCCAAAAGAUUUUCAAACAGCUGCUGCCGCGGACAACCCCGGAGGCAGCUACAUAUGGCUCCGGUUGGGAUAUCCUUUACGUCGGCAGCAGCUCAAAUAUCCCCAACUUAAACGACUUGCCACCUUACUAUCUUUACCAUGACCCACACGUGCCGGAUUACCACAAACUGGCACGAUCAUACAGGCGCGAACUAGAGGUAUGGGGUAUAAACGCCACUGAGCUGACACAUGUGCGUUUGUUGGCGCCCUCAUGGUACCCUGUCGGCGCGCUGGGAUACGCCAUCACUAAGAGGGCAGCCCAAAUCCUACUAUAUAAUCUUGGUGGUUACAGAGGUCUUCAAUUGCCAGUAGACCUUGCUAUGAUCGGCUUGAUACAAAAAGGCAUUGUUAAUUCGUACACUAUUAUACCGCCAUUGAUUACACCGUUUCGGGUCGGAGGAGCGAAAGACAGCGACAUUGACGAAAAGAGAUAUAUACGAGGUGACCUACCACCUGGGUCAGAGAACCUAAAAAGCAGU